AUGAGAGCUUUUAUUGGCAUAGCUCUCAUUAUGGGCAUUGUGAGAUUGCCAGGGAUAAAUGAUUACUGGGACACUUGUCAUAAACCAAUCUCCCAAACUUGGUUUCGGGAACAUUUUGAACGAGACAGGUUCAAACUUCUCUUGAAAUUUUUGCACUUUGCAAACAAUGAUGGAAUGCCUGCCCAAGACUCUCAAGAUUAUGAUCCACUUUAUAAGAACAAACCAGUUAUUGAUUAUUUUGUACACGUGUUCAAAAGGCAUUUUCAUCCCUCGCAAAACAUUACGAUAGAUGAAAGUAUGGUCAGUUUUAGAGGUCGCACGCCUCAUCUUCGACAGUACAUGCCACAGAAAAGGCAUGCAAGGUUUGGUGUCAAGCUAUGGUGCCUUUGUGAUACCAAAACCGGUUAUACUCAUACCUUUGAGGUGUAUAAGGAGGUCAGGCAGGGAGAUAGAAGUGAGGAGGGUUUCAUUUACAAUUUAGUGAUGUCUGAUGCGUUUGAUGAAGCAGGCUGA